UGUGACGGGUCACGUUGUCGGAGGGGGGCUGUCGGUGUGAAAGCACUGAGCUCCUUACCGACGAGUCACAGUCUGCUCGCAGUUACCAUUAAAUAUUAGUCAAAGAGUUGACGGGAAAGCGAAAGCAGCUGGACAACAGCCGGUUAUAAAAACGUCGGAUACAUUGUUGAAAUCUAACCGGACGAGCUGGAUUUCCUCGCGGACUGGAAGUGAAGCUCUUCGGCUUUAAAAAGCGAACCGGAGUCCGCCGACGAAAUGGACAAUAAAUAGUUGCAGCAGUUUGGACCCAGCUGUAGUCAUGGAUGAGAGUUGGAAAAACUGCUUCGAAGAGGAGCUCCUGUGUCCCAUCUGCCUGAACGUUUUCGAAGAACCCAUCCAGCUGCCGUGCAAGCACAACUUCUGCAAGGGCUGCAUCUCCGAGGCAUGGGCCAAAGACGCCGCUGUGGUCCGCUGCCCCGAAUGCAACCACGAGUACGACCAGAAACCAGCGCCGGAGAAGAACUUUAAGCUGGCCAACAUAGUGAAGCGGUUUAACGCGCUGAACACUGACAAAGCCCCCGCGGUGCUGCACUGUGUCCUCUGCAGACGAGGCCCGCCGCUUCCCGUGAGGAAGGUCUGUCUGCGCUGUAAGGAGCCCUGCUGCCAAAUUCACAUCCAGACUCACCUGCAGCAGCCGUGCCCCGCCCCGGGACACCUGUUAGUGGACGCGGAGGAGCUGAGCGCUUGGACCUGUCCCAGCCAUGAGGAGUACAGGCUUCUCCACUGUGAGGAGGAGCAGGUGGCUCUGUGUCCAUUCUGCUGCAUCUCUCACUGCACUAACCAAAGACACACAGUCUGCGAUGUGGACACUCAGCGCAUACAAAUGCAGGCCAUGCUAAUGAGGCAGCAGGACAGACUGGAGGGUCGUGUUCAGAACAUCGAUGAGCAGCUCACCAAGCUGGAGUCAGACAAAACGCUGAUGAAGGAUGCGGUGUCUGAACUCAAGGAGCGUGUGAGAGCUCAGUAUCAGAGGAUGCAGGCGUUAAUAGAAGCCAACCAGGUUGAAUCGGUGCAGAUGCUGGAGAGCACUUUCACGGCAUACGUGAGGAAAAACUCCCAGCAGGUUCUGCAGCUCAACGAGAAGCGCCAGGAAGCGGAAAAACUCCUGAGCUCUGUACAAAUGUUAUUCCAAAGAGCAGACAGUGUCAACUUCAUGAAGAACACAAAACCUUACCAGCUGCUAAUGGACAGGUCCAACUCACACCUGAUCACAGCCAUCCCUCCAUUAAGAGUGGGCCAACUUAACUCUCAUCAUUUACUCUCUGAACUCGCAACAAGGGAAAAGAACCUGCGCAAAGUGUUGGAAGAACCCAUCAGUGAGGCGUCCAUUCUUGAGGUUGUCCCGUCUCACUGCAGCUCUUCUGGCUCCCACACAGGGACUAGUUCAGGACUACAGAAGAGAAAAUACAGCAUGGCUUUCCUGGAGAGUAACACAACAAACUCCACCUCCCAGGAUCCUCCACCGUUGCUCUACAGCAGCAAGAAACCCUUCCUGGCUGAUCAGAGCCAUCGAACGUCGUCCAUUUAUUCCUCUGAUGGCCUCUCCCAGAAUCCUCACGCCGGCCCCGGUCACAGCCGACUCCUUGACUCUUCUGCCCAUCACAUGGUGGGUCUAGGGUCCAGCUCUAGCCACCACUCAGGGACCAUAUUCCCCCCCUCACAUUUCCCCGUCGGAGGUGCCUCGCAACAAGCCAUGUAUGAAGGCAGGAAAGUGCUCAUGUGCACUUUGAAUAACUGCUGCUGCUCCAGGACCCCCGCUGCUACUCGUGCGCGACCUCCGUAUCCGGCUUCGGACUCCUUCCCCUCAAUGACCUCUCAGGAGUUUCCCCCUCAUGCAUCCCUUCCUGCAAGCCAGCCCCUGCAGCAUUUCCCCAUGAGGGGGCUAAUGGAGGCCUCGCAGACGGCAAGGCACCCUGACUUCUACGGUCUGUACGGCCAGCCUUCAACCAAGCACUACGGGACCAAGUAACAAAGAAUCAGCAUUCGUUCUGUGUCAUUUAAUCCCAAUUUGCAUUACCACCAUUUCCAUGAUUGCUUUUUGUUUCUUUCCAUUUUGGUUCUCAAAUGAGUUGUCGGUUCUCUGGCCUUCAUAGUCAUGUUAAUUUGACAUUUAUCUGACCCCAUUUCUGGGAAACCAUGUUGUUACCUCCUGCAUCACGACGACAGUAGUAAUGCUCUAAUUUUCCGUUUUGAAUCAACUGGAAGUGCUGGUGUGAAUCAUGUAGUCUUAAAUCCAUUCAAGAAGAGAACUAAAGAACCGAGUCCGGACGUAUGACUCCAGAGACUUCAGUGCCUAAAAAGACUGUUAACACUCUAUUAUUGUACUUGCAAGUUCCUAGCUCUUGAUUAUUUCCUGUUUGUGGCUGAAAGCAUGCAGGGAGCCUCUCCAUGCACUCCAGAAGUCCAUGUGGCUUUAGAAACACACUGGACUACAAAUGCUUGUCAGGUUUUUCAUGAGUUUUUAUACAAGAUUAUGAAUAAACCAAAACCAGUGGAAAAUAAUGAAUAAAAAGAGGAUAUUAAUUUA